GUGCAGGCCCAUUUGCAGAAAUGAAAACUGCUCCCGAACCUUCUCUCUCAAAUUAUUCCGGCGGCGAUUUGGCCAAGCAACAAGUGUCGCCGCCGAUGAAAAUCAAAACCAUCCAAACUUUAUAUUCCUCUCUUUGAGUCAUCAACUUAUUUAAUCUCUUCUAUUAGACCUGAAUCAACUAAAAUUGAAAUCGAAGAGAAAUGUUUUAGACGCAACCCUGACUCUUUCCAUUGAUCGCCGCCGCCUAAUCUUCUCCACUUCCUCUUAUCAACUGCACUUACUGGUGUCUGCCACCCUUAAUUCCAACCUUGCUGAGCUGAUUGUUGUGUUAUUCUGCUUCAAAUCUAUCUCUCAACCACACAUAACAGAUGCGCUCUAUCUCCUCUAGCGUCAAUAUCUUUUGGAUUGAUUUGUGAUGAACUCCAAGUACAAAGCUCUAGCUUCAUUAGGGAAUUUCCCACUUCACAAUCUUCUCCAUUGCCGCACAAUUGCCAAAGUUAGGCUGAAAUGGGUCAAAAACCGGUCUUUGGACCACAACAUCGACGUCCAAACAGAUAUUAAAGCUGCUUUUCUCAUAAAAAAUGCCAUAAUCCGCUCUCCCACUGGAUAUUUAACCUCCAAAUCGCUCAUCGAUUCUCAGAAACUGCUUGGCAUCACUGUACCCACGCUGCGCUUCAUGCGUAGGUACCCCACUCUAUUUGAGGAGUACCCUCAUCCCAAAUACCCCUCUUUGGCAUGUUUCAAGUUGACUGAGUUGGGAAUGAUGAUGCAUCAGAAGGAGCUGGGAGUGUACGAGCAGUGUGAAGGUGAUAUCGUGGAGAGGCUGUGCAGGGUUCUAAUGAUGACUCGCAGUCAAAUGCUGCCUUUUCAAUCCUUGCAUCCAUUAAAAUGGGAUUUAGGAUUGCCUGACGAUUUCGACAGAAACUUGAUAAGAAAAUAUCCAGAUCAUUUUCGGGUGGUGAAGGGAACUAGUGGGACCAACUGCUUGAAGCUAGUACAGUGGCCAGAGGAUUUUUCUGUUUCUCUGUUGCAGAAGAUGAAUGAGAAGAGCAUAGAAGAGAGCACCGAGGGAUUUUCCCGGUACAGAGGAUUCAGGAGGGGGAAGGUUGCAUUAGAGUUCCCAAUGAGUUUCCCGAGGGGUUAUGGAGCUCAGAAGAAGGUGAAAGCAUGGAUGGAUGAGUUUCAAAAGCUGCCUUACAUAUCUCCUUAUGAAGAUUCAAGAGGAAUUGAUCCCAACAGUGAUAUUAUGGAGAAAAGAGUAGUGGGGUUGCUUCAUGAGUUUCUAGGCCUCACUAUAUACAAGAAGACUAAGAGAAAUUACUUGAGAUGUUUGAGGGAGGAGUUUAAUCUUCCCCAUAGGUUUACUCGGAUCUUUACUCGAUAUCCUGGGAUAUUUUACCUCUCGCUCAAAUGCAAGACUACAAGUGUGGCAUUGAGAGAAGGGUAUCAACGGGGUAAGCUGGUCAAUCCACAUCCUCUGGCUAAACAUAGAGACAAAGUCUACUAUCUCAUGAGAACGGGUCUGAUUUAUCGAGGUAAAGCUCUCGAUGUCAUACCUCGUCUUGACAAUCUAGUCGAUAAUGAUGCGGAAGAUGUUGGAGAAGAAGAUGAAGAUGAAGAAGAAGAAAUCGAGAUGAGUGGUGAAGAUUAUGAUUUGGAGGCUGAAACCGAUUCGGGCACAGAUUAGCAUUAUAGGAGUCAAGUGGAAUAGUUGAGCUCGUGAGGUAUAAGCAGUUAUAAUUUGCCUCCUUAGAUGAUGCUAUUAGCUUGGAUGAAAGGAUUGUGGAUCCUUUUCGAACUUAGUUAGAGUCGUAAAAUGGAAUAGGCAUAGAUGGGUAGCGAUGCUUGGCUCAAAGCUGAAGAUUUCUGAUUAUGCUUAUAUAAGAAUCCAAUUAGUGGUGAUCUUAAUUUGUACGAGGAAAUCGAAAAAAUUGAAAAGAGUGAGUUUUGUUUUUUGAUCAA